GCACUGCCAGAGAAUAGUGGAAACAGUUUCAACUGUGCCGUUCAAAGUGGAACAGGAUAAACAUGUGUGUGUUUGUGCCACUUGUAUGUGUCCCCUUAUGGACGUGUGUGGAUGCAUGUUUGAGUCACCGGUGUGUGUCCCUCUGCGUACAUGUGUGCAUCUGUGAGCGGGUGUCGCUGUGUCUCUGUCCAGGCCCUUGCCCAGCGAGCUGACUAGCACCCGCAGCGCUCAGACUCUCUCCGAGUGACUGCACCCAGCGGGCGUGGCUCCGACCUCGAACCGGCGCGCACACCAACCGCGGGCAGACAGCAGGAAGAGUGCGAACAACUGGAGGAAAUCCCAGCUGCACGGGAGGUGGUGGGAAAUCAUGGGCAAGGAGACGGGUCCGGCGGAACGCGGGGUGCAGUUUGAGAGCGACGAAUUUUUAAAAUCGACCAAAUUGCUAGACGGCCGCGAGGAGGAGCGGCCCGAGGAGAGAGAACACCACAGGCGGGAUCCCGGGGGAAUCAACACCCAUAUCAAGGUUUCAUUUGAAGACGUGAUCGCAGAACCUGUUGCGACGCAAAGUUUCGACGGAAUCUGGAUUUGCAGCAAUGCGUCGUUUGAGAUCAGCAAAUUCGUGCUGUACAAAGUGCUCACUCUGUUCCUCGCCAUCCCCUUGGCCUUCAUUAUAGGAAUUCUCUUUGCCGUAAUAAGUUACAUCCACAUUUGGUUUCUUAUGCCCAUUGUGAAGACCUUCAUGAUGAUUCUACCCUCCAUCCAGACAAUCUGGAAAGGUGCUGUCGACACGUUUGUUUCUCCUUUGUUUGAGAGUAUGGGCCGCUGCUUGUCUGCAUUCAAUAUCCGCUUCGCUCGAGAUUAAAGAAGCAAGAAAAAGCAGAAAAGAAUCAGGACUCAAGAAAAAUAUUUCCAGACUUGAUGAAAUAAGUGGCAUUGUCUAUGCUUAAACUUUUCAUUCCAAAUGCACUUUCAGAAUGUAUCUGGCAUCUUUUUUUAAGUAUAUACACAUUUUGCAUAAACUUCAUUUAGAAAUAGAUAUAUCUAUAAUUCAUAUUUUUAUUAUAAGCCAGUAUGCAUGCUGGUAAUAAUUAAGGAAGUUUACUCAAAGAUGUUGCCAUGCAAUAAUUAGAUCCUGAUUUGUAUUUCAACAAUUUCAUAUUAAUUAAUGCGCAAAGUCGUAAAAUUCUGUGGCACAGAAUGAGACCAUUUGGUCCAUCAAGUCUCUGCUACUACUUUGCUGUGCAAUCGAUCAGCCACAUUCCUCCUCGUCUUUCCCCUUGUGUUUUCAAAAGUUCUGAUUUCUCUUUUGAAUACACUCAUUGGUCCUAUUUCCACCAACUUGACUGACAGUGGAUUCCAUAUCAUAACUUUCUAAGUACAAAAGAAGACUGUCUUCAAAUUCCUUUGUAUAUUUUGCCCAAAAUUUGAAAUCUGUCCCUCACUUCUAGAAACAGUUGUUAACAGGAACAGCUUUUUUAAAAAUCCUUUCUGAAGAUAUUGUGAACUUUUCAUGAUAUUUGUCACCCCUGGGACUAUUCUAGAAAGGUUGAUCUGCAUUGUGUUGGGCCUUCAAAUCCUUCCUUAAACUCUAGUGCGGGUUGGAAGUAAUACUCCAAUUCUGGGGCCAAACAGUUUUUAGUAUAUUUUUUCUCCUUUUGCAUGCAUGUCACCUUAUGAAUCCCAGAAUCCCACAUAUUCUACCUACUCUUCUACUUUUAAGGAUUAAUGUCCUUUGCCCCCUUCCUGAGACAUUUAAUUUAUAUUGUUUCAGUUUGUUCUUUCUGGCAAAGUUGAUCACCACAUUUCUCUCUGUAAAGAAAAAUCAUGUGCUGUGUAACUGCCCAUUCAGCCAACUUCCCCAUGGCUUAAUUUGCCAUCUUCCUUACUGUUGAACAUAUUUCCAAGCUUUAUACCUUCCACAGGUUCAACAACGUUACCCUGCAAGCCCAUGUUUAGGUCAUUAAUGUGUGUAAAAUUCCCUUGACCUCAGUACUGACCUCUCUACCAUCCUAUAGUUUGAGAAGAUUGCAUUUAAGUACCAGUUCCCUGUUUUUAACCUUUAAGCAAAUUUCCUAUCCAAGUUGCUUGUGGCCCUUUAGUUCCAGAAGGUUUCAGUUUUAAUAACCAGCCUUCUGUAUGGGAUUUUAUCAAAUCCCUGCUGGAAAUCACUGCAUUCCCUUCAUUAAUCUUCUCCAUUAGUUCAGCAGGGAAAAAAAUGUUGGGUUACUUCUCCUUUAUCAUCUCUAAGUUCUCCAUGUGCCUAUUUUCUCAGAGAUUAAACUGACUGAUAGUUGCAUGGGAUGUCCUUACCCUUUUUUUUCAAUACAAGGAUGUUACAUUUGCCAUUUUGCAGUUCUCUACCAGCUCUCUAUUAUCGAGAGAGGGUUGAAAGAUUAUGACAGACUCUUUUGAAACCCUUAAACCCCUCCCCAUCUCCCUUAAUAUUAUAGGAUGCAUCCAGACCUGGUUAAUAUGUUAUCCAGUUUAUAGUGGGCUCUUCUAAGACCACAUCUGGACUAUUAUCCAGACAUCAGGUCCAUCAAGCUAUCAAAGGGUAUACUUCUCUUUUAACAAAGAUUCAGCAGGUUGAUCCCUGGGGUGAUGGAGCAGCAAAAAUGGACAUUGAGUCCAACUUGUCUUGAAUUUGGAAACAUGAGAGGUUAUCGAUAGGAAGCAUACACCAUUAUUGUGGGGCACUGAGAGGUCAAAGGUGAGGAUUUCCUGUGGUCGCGGUGUGUAGAGUCAAGGGUGGCAUGAUAGCGUAGCAUGGCGGUCAGAGUGUUCUUGAUUACAGCACCAGAAACACAGGCUCAAUUCCACCACUGUCUGGAAGAAGCUUGUACAUCCUUCCCUUGGCCAGAUGUGUUUCUUCCAGGUGCUCCAGUCUCCCCCCAUUUUCAAAGAGGUACAGGUUCGUGAGUUAAUUGAUCACAUGGGUGUAAUUGGGUGGCACGGGCUUGUUGGGCUGUACCUAAAUAAUAUAAACCAAAUGUCAUAAUCUCAAACUAAAGGCUCCGCCAGAUAGGACAGGGAUUGGAAGACGUUAUUCUCUUGGGGGGGGGGCGGGGGAGUGAAGAAAACACUGCUAAACUUUACUGCUGUAUAUAUUCAAGGAAGAGAAUAUCAUUUUUAAAUUAUUUUGUAUUCUAAUAUGGGAUUAGUGCAAGAAAGUAGUAUAGACGUAAAAUAUCAGCUUUGUUCUUACUGAAUGACAGUGCAGACAGGAUUGGUUGGAUGGCCUCUUCCUGUUUCUGCUGCAGGCAUAACCAAUAUUUCUAGUAAUUUUCCACUAUCAGUUUUCACCCCAUCAUUACCUCUUCAGUCUUCCUAACUAUAGUGAUUUUGGUGGCAUCCUUUUCAUUGGUGAAGACUGAUAAAAGGUACUGAUUUGAUAUUCCAUCCAUGCCAUCUGGCUUCAUGAACAGAUCACCUUAAUGAUCCGGAAAUGGCUCACACCUUUUAGUACUUGCUUAUUACUUACAUGUAUAUACAAGACUAUCAGUUUGAGACAAGAAAGUUGAAAUUAUCAUUUAAGAAGAAACAGUUCUGAAGUUAUGAUGAGUUUUCAGAGUUGCAGUCACAUUAUUUUCAGUCAUCUGAAAGCACUGGCAAGUAAAGUUGAAUAAAUUGCAUUGCUUAAGACCAAACAAGUAUUUGUCAUUGCAGCAAUCCAUAUUUAGAGGAUAUGUUACUUUUAAAUAUAGCAAUAUACUGUAUAUGUAAGUAAUAUUCAAUCAUAAAGAAUUCUUACAUAGAGCAUUUUCACAAUAUGACCCGGAGUUUCCUGGAGAUAAUUAAUGAAAUUAGAGACUGAUCUUGUAUAUGCAAAUCCACUAUCUUUAACAAUAUUCUCACACUUACUAUCAAUUCCAGUUAGUCCAUAGUUCUUAUCCUUUCUGAAAAACAUUGCUUCCCAGUCUCUUAAUGCCUUAAGCUAAAUCUUCAUAUCAUUCCCAUUCCUUUUGUAAGGCUCCUCACAGUUUUAUGCUUCCUCCAGCAAUCCUUGAUCCUCCAAGUCUGGCCAUUCCAUCACUUCUUUCCCAAGCUAUUUGUGGCAAAACAUUCAGUCACCUUUGCAUGACUUUAAGAAUAACCCUCUCUGUUUCUUUUUACGGCAUCUUUAAAAACCUUACCACAAGUUAAGUCUAAUUUUCUGUUCCGUGCUUGGAGUCCAUUGUUUACCACUUCUUGUGCUGCUUUCCCAGAAACUAUUUUGUAAUGUUUUUCUCAUGCUAAGGUUUAUUUGAAUACACGUCAUAACUGUUGAAUAUCAAAUACUCAUAUUUUAUUUGCUAGAAUAUGAAUCAAUAAGGUGGGUGCCUCGGUAGUGUAGCGGCUAGCACAACCCUAUUACAGCCUGGUUGUCGGAGUUCUGAGUUCAGUCCCAACAUCCUCUGUAAGAAGUAUCAGUAUGUCCUCCCUGUGGAAUGUGUGGGUUUUCCCCGGGUGCUCCAGUUUCUUCCCACAGUCCAAAGAUGUACCGGGUCGGUUAACUGGAUAUUGUAAUUUGUCCCGUAGAGUUGGGGUUAAAUCGGGGUUGUCAGGGGUUGCUGGGCAACGUGGCUCAAAGGGGCGGAAGGGCCUAUUCCACACCAUAUCUCUAAAUAAAAAUUAAAUAAAUAAAACUCUGAGGCAUCUCUAAAAUUAUUAGAUUCUACUUUAACUUACCACUGUGGACAUAAAUAACUUAAUCUCAAAAUAACAUAGAUACACAUUUUUAUAUAAUGCUGUCUGUUGAGACUUUGGAGCCCAGAACUGAGUUACUAACAUUCAAUAUUGUGGACUUAAUAGCAGAAUUUUUUAGAUGUAUUGUAACUUUUGAAAAGAUUGUGCACUGUACUUACAUGAUGGAGUCUACUUAACUCUGGUCAUAUAAUAUUUGCACACAAGUGCAAUGACUACACCUGUGCUUUUUUAGGCUGUGGUACUAUUACACAAAAUUAUAAAUAAAAACAAUUCA